GUGGGUAUAUUACAUCCCGGUCGCUGGAUGAUCAGCACAGUUCGACAUGGCAAGGAGUAAAAUAAGCAUCGGCCUCGUGGCCCUACUGGUACUUACAGCAAACGCUUAUGAUUUUAGGAACACGAGAUCCUCGUCAUCGAGCAGUUCCUCAAGUUCGAGCUCGAGUGGAAUCGAUGGCAAAACUCACACGAAGACGGACACUAAAGUAGAAGGAGGUGGUACUGCUGAUGCUGAUGCUAAGGCAAUAGGUGAUGGUGGUCUGGUAUUUGACGAUGACAAUUUUGGGUACGGCUUCAGUGGAGGUCAUGGGGCACAUGGACUUAAUGCUGGAUACGGAGCAAAUGGUGGCCAAGGUCUCGUCGGUGCGGGUGGAGCUGGACAUGGACAUGUUGGAGCAGGAGGCUUCAAUCAUGGAUACUCUGGUGGAAGUGGUUAUGAACAUGGACAAGUUGGUGGAGGCCAUGGGCAAUACGUAGGAGGUCAAGGCGGUCAUGGAUAUGCUGGUGGACAGAGUGGAAUUGGUGGACAAUAUGGUGGAGUUGGAGGUGGAUCCGGUUAUGGAAAUGGUCUGAGUACUGGUGGAGCUGGAGCUAAUGCUGGAGCCGGAGCUAAUGCUGGAGCUGGAGCUAAUGCUGGUGCGUCAGCUCAAGCCGCGGCUGGUGCGACUGCGACUGCUGGAGCUUCCGGUGUUGGAGGCGGACAUGGCGGUCCAGGAUAUGGAGGUGCCGGACAAGUAGGACAUGGAGGCGGAUAUGGAGGUAGUCAAUUUGGAAGUGGUGGUGGUUAUCAUGAAGAAAGUGGUUUUCAUUCUAGUGGUGGUGGUUAUAAGCAUGACAGUAGUUAUGGAAGUGGUGUAGGAACUGGAGGAGGACCAAUUAUCCUUAAUGGUCAAGACCAUGGAAGUCAUGGUGCAGGUUUUGGUAUUGUUGGUAGUGGCGAUGAAGGCCAUAAAGGUGUUGGUGGAGGUCACGGUGGUUUUGAAGAGCAUGGUAGUAUCGGUGGAGGUCAUGGAGGUAUUGAAGAGCAUGGUAGUAUUGGUGGAGGCCAUGGAGGUUUUGAUACUAUUGGCGGCCAUAAAGGUGUUAGUGGAGGAUACGGUAGUUUCGCAGAGCAUGGUAGUUAUUCAGAGCAUGGUAGUAUAGGCGGAGGUCAUGGAGGUCACGGAGGUGAAAAUGUAUUUUUGGGCGGCCACAAAGGCGUUGGUGGAGGACAUGGUGGUUUUGAAGAGCAUGGUAGCAUUGGCGGCCAUAAAGGCGCUGGUGGAGAUUUAGGAUUUGGAUCUUCUAACACUAAUAUUAAUUCUAUUUCUAACGCUAACGCUCAAGCUCAAGCUCAAGCUGGAGCAGGAGCAGGAGCAACUGGUGGUGGAUACAACACUGGUGGUGGAUACAACGGUAAUUAUGGUACCCAUGGUUCAGGUGGACAUGGCUCGGGUGGAUAUGGUGGACAUGGAUCAGGUGGAUAUGCCUCAGGUGGACAUGGCUCAGGUGGAUAUGGUCAAGGUACCUACGGUGGUAAUUAUGAUCUUGGUGGUGGUCUUGGAUUAGGACAAAUUGACCCAUGUUUCGCACCUACUAGUAUCGCUUGUGCUGGGUUUGGUAACACGGGUGGUUACGGAGGCAACGGUGGCUAUGGAAGUCAUGGUGGUGCCAGUGGAAGUCACGGUGGUGUCGGUGGACAACAUGGUGGUGUUGGUGGCGGAUAUUAUCAAGGUGCUGGUGGACACGGUGGCUCAGGUUAUGGCGGUGGAGCAGCGAACGCUAAUGCCAAUGCAAAUGCCCUAGCCAAUGCUAAUGCUAAUGCCAAUGCCAACGCCAAUGCCAAUGCCGUUGCAAAUGCACAGGCUGGUGCCGGAGGGGGUGCAACUGCCAAUGCUGUUGCCAACGCCAACGCCAAUGCAAACGCACUUGCCACCGGUCAGGGUAAUGCCUAUGGAGGUGGUUAUGGAAACGGUUACGACAACGGCUACGGACACGGUUACGGAAACAACGGAUUCGACAUAUUCUCGCGUGUCGGAGAAGAUGCAGACGCUGAAAAAGUAGGCAACAAAACUCCGGAAGUAAAUAAAACUGGAACUGUUGAUAAUGCCAAGGGAGUCUACAGCAGCAGCUCAUCUAAGGUUGAUGACAAAGGCAAGGGUACUUAUCAUGUCGAAGCUGGAAAAAUUAAUUGAUUUUAUAAAUUGAUUAAUUAAUUAAUAGCGUAUUAUUUAAAUCUCAGUAUCUAUAAGUUUAUAAAUAUAAUUAGUUUGUAAUUUAAAGAGAACAAAAUAUCAAAUAAAUAUAUACGUUUUUAAUAAA